CAUUACUACAUCGCCUACGCUAACUUCCAUUGUUUCUUAAAAUCCUACGCUAAUGCAUAACAGUGGCGCCACUACACGACACAUCGAAAAGCUGCCGCGAGAAACGGUAACGCCACAGAAAUCGCGGUGCUGGUUGUGUUUUUCGUCAAUUGGUUUCAUUCUAAGGCUAGUCAGAAAAUCGACAGUUUCGUGGAUGGCACAACAAGAUUGUCAGUGGUGUUACUAAUGUAAAGGUGCAAUACAAGAUGUAUAAUGGAAUUGGAUUACAAACACCGCGAGGUUCUGGAACUAAUGGGCAUGUCCAAAGAAACUGGGCAAUCGUACGCAAGACAAAAGAUAAAGUUACUUAUAAAACUGAUGAAGGAAAAUUAGAUCAGCUUAAUAAACAACCUAAUAAAGAAAUUCUUGAUCAUGUUAGAAAAAGGAAAGUUGAAGUCAAAUGUGCAGAAUUAGCUGACAUUUUGGAAGAACAAGGAUUUACAUCUGAAGAGGUAACAAAGAAAGUAGAAUCAUAUAGAUCCAUGUUAAUGGGAACUGACACCAAACCAACAAUAUCUAAAGAUGAAUUUGGCCGUGUGAAUGUACGAGAGACACACCAGAUUGCUGAAGCGCAGCAAGAGAAAAAUGCAAAGCUACGCGAAGCGUUUGGUAUAUCGGAAUUCUUCGUGGAGGGAAGUAGCCUAGAUCCGGAGAGGCACGCGCGCGAGGCGGAAGCAAGAGCGGCAGCUAGCAAAGUGUAUGAACUAGUGCGAACCCCGAGUCCAGCUCCGGACGCACCAUCCGCCCCGGAGAAGAAGAAGCGAAAACGCUCUGGUAGCACAAUUAAAAAGAAAAAGGGAAAGAAGCACAAGAAGGAAAGGUCGGAAUCUCCAAAGGCUAGCAAGAAGAAAGAAAAGUCUAAAAAAAAGAAAAAGGAAAAGAAACACAAGAAGACUGAGGCUAGUUCCUCUGACAGCGAUUCCAGUGAGGCGUCAGAUGAUAGCAGUUCUUCCGAAACUGAGUCAAAGAAGAAAAAGAAAAAGAAGAAGAAGAAGUCCAAGGCAGAGGCAAAAGAAAAACAUGAGAAGAAAAAAAUAACCGUCAAGAGGAAACAUCAGUCAUCUGAGAGUUCGACAGAUAGCUCUCCAGAGAGACCGAAGAAGUCUAUGAAACAUGACAAAACCGUCGAAAAAGCUAAAAAUGAUGAGACAGAGAAUACGACGAAAGAACCUCGAUCGAAUCGCUCACCAAAGAAGCAAGAAAAGGGUCGAAACGAAACUCCACCUGUUAAAAGGAAAGAUUCUCCCAUUAAAAAAGUUGUCCCAGAGAAAAAGGACAAAUCACCGAUCGUACAUAAGAGUUCCCCUCCAAGAAGACAUAGAUCGCCAUCAAGAAGUAAGCUUGAUAGAGGAAGGUCCCCUAGAAGAUACUCGCGGUCACGACGUAUCAGUCCUUCGCCAAGGAGGCGAAGAAUUUCGAGGUCACCAAGGAGAUAUAAUAGAUAUUCCGUAUCCAGAAGUAGAAGUCGAUCGAGGUACGAUCGUUAUGGAUCACGGCGUCGAUUAUCACCGCCUCCUAGACGCAGAAGAUCCGAUUCUCGGCGAAGAUCAAGGUCACCUAGGAGACAACGAGAUAGGCGGGAAAGAUCCAGAGAUCGUCGCAGGACCCGCAGCAGAACGAGGAGUAGAUCUAGACGAUCCACCUUGAGCUAUUCUCCUGUGAGAAAGAACCCAGAACGGUACAAGCACAUAUUAGAAGACAAGAAGAAACGAGAUCAAAAGAAAAAUCAUGAUAACAAACGAAAAUCCCGGUCAACUUCUAAAACCAGAAAACUACGAACGAUUACUCCAAGAGUAAGACUACGUUCUUCAAGCGAAGAUGAAACGGAUAUAGCAGAUGAUGAGCAACCGAAAGCAGAGGACGAAGAAAAAAUAAAGGAAUUGCAUACUUUGAAACGUUUGCAGAGUGGAUUAGCUGCGAAAGCUAGAGAGAGUCUUGGGAAGAAAGUAAUAAGUCCUGUAAAGAUUAAAGUUGAAAAGAAAGAAGAUAGUAUAUUGGAUAUAGCUUUACCAAAUGAACCGCCCAAAAUGGUACAAAAUACUAUUGGUCCGAUGCAGGAGAAGUCUAGGUCAAAAUCACCCAUAUCUCAUUUGCCUGCAAUUCAAUCUCCAGUAUCAAGUAGAUCACCUUCUCCAGCGUUACCUCUGACGAGAGAAGAAGCAGCUAUAAAAAUACGAUCUCCCAGUGAAUCACCUCCCCCUUUACCACCAGCCUUAAAUAAAGUGGAUUCGAGAUCGCCGAGUUUGACAGCUAAAACAAAUCAUCAUUCAAAGUCUCCGAGUACUUCCAAGAAGAAUUCACCAGUUAUCUCAAGGAAACAUUCGUCUCAGAGCAAAUCGUCCUCUCAUUCGCCGCCCGUAUCUAUCUCCCAUAAAGACACUGCUAUAAAAUUGCGUUCUCCGAGUGAAUCUCCACCUCCGAUUCCGAGUAAUAAAUCGAAGCAAAGAUCCGCAUCACCAACUACAUCGAAGAAGAGUUCUCCGGUUUCUAGAAAGCAUUCUCCAAGAGAUAAAUCUUACUCCAGGUCACCUUCCAGGUCGUAUACGAGAUCUGUAUCAUUGGAGAAAAGGUCUUCCAGAUCGCCUCGUCGUCGCUCAAGGUCUACCUCCAGAGAUAAGAAAUCACGUUCAGCGUCGAGGAGUAAGAAAUCGACAUCUCCUAGGCAUAGGCCUUCAGCGUCACCAUCGAGAUCCAAGAAAUCUCCUAAAUCCCCGACAAGAUCGAAGAGAUUGUCCAGGUCAAGAUCUUCUUCGGAAUCGAAACACUCUGUAUCUAGAUCUCCAUCACGUUCGAAAAAAUCUCCAUCUCAUUCUCCGGAGAAGUCAAGAUCGAGGAGUAGGACCAGGUCGUUAUCAAAGGAGUCCAGGAGUCGUUCUCUAUCGAAGAAGUCCAGAAGCAGGUCUUUGUCAAAAAAAUCGCGUAGUCGAUCAUUAUCGAAGAAAUCCAGAAGUCGUUCCCUGUCAAAGAAAUCAAGAAGUCGGUCGCGAUCAUUGUCUAGGGUAUCACGAGACAAAGAAAAAAGAAGUCACAGCAGAAGUAGCUCACGCUCUUCUUUAAGUUCAAGGCAUAGUCGUAGAAGUUUCUCUAGCUCAUCACGAUCAUCGAGCAGUGUUUCUAGUAGGUCUUCUCGUUCAACGUCCAGCAGUUCAGCUUCUAGCAGGUCUCGUUCUCCGUCGAUACCUCGACGUCAUGGCUCACCUAGUUUUCUAGACAGACGUCGUAUCACAAGCGCCAGGAAACGACCAAUUCCAUAUCAUCGACCUACUCCGACACCACCUUCGUCACCGAGUAGUUCAGAUAGCAGCAGACAUAGUAAUUGGUCAAGUCCAAGUCAUCGAUCAAGUUGUUCCCCGAGUCGAAGUCCAUCAUAUACACGUUGAAACGAUCAAGUGGAUCCCUAAAGACUCGACGUUCCUUUUAUGUAUCAGAUUUGGAAUGGUGCGGAUCAUGAAGGUCCUUCGAUGCUUUUUGUAACAAUCUUACGUCGUGUUAAAUCAUGUUUAUAAUGUUGAAAAUUGGCGCGAUUGUAUAAAAAAAGUUUCACGUAUUUUUUCGUAUCAAAAAGGUACAAAGAGAAUACGCCAUUCUAAGUUUGGUGCAUGAUCUCUAAGUCUUUGUAAAUUCUUCUUAUGCAUUUACACAUCUGAUCUCGUAACUUAAUAAUACUCAUUGAUGGUGAUUCACAAUAAUACCAUCAGCUUCAGUAUUAGUACACUAAUGUUAUUUCU